AUGGGAGAGGGGAAAGGCAAAGUCGGUGGUCUGGUUGGAUACGCCAUUCGUCUCGAGAAUAUGGUUACCGACCAGACGCGGCUGAUCUAUGCAACAACCGGUAUCGUGAUGAGGAUGCUCGAACGAAGCACUGAACUCGCUGAUGUGACACACCUGAUACUGGACGAGGUGCACGAACGAAGUAUCGAGAGUGACUUCUUGAUGGUGGUGCUGAAGAGGCUACUCGUCAAGAGAAAGGAUUUGAAGGUUGUACUGAUGUCUGCCACCGUCGAUGCUGAGCGGUUCUCGGACUACUUGGGAGGUGCCCCUGUGCUCAAGGUUCCUGGACGAACUUUCCCGGUCCAGCACUUUUACCUCGAGGAUGCCGUCGAGGCCACUGGAUUCAAAAUCGAGGAAGAUCCCCGAAACCCACGAUCUCGUAAAAACGAGUGGGACGAUAACGACGCAGAGUUGGACACUGAGAGUGGGAGUGGAGCCUCUACCGGAAACCUACAAGCGUAUUCCCCGGAAACAAAAUUGACGCUCAGCCGGAUCGAUGAGUACCGAAUUCCUUACGACUUAAUCCUAAAGCUGUUGGAGACCAUCGCAACUUCUCCCCAAUUCGUGGAUUACUCGAAGGCUAUUCUUGUGUUUCUGCCAGGAUUGGCCGAGAUCCGGAGAGUCAACGAUAUGAUUCUCGGCCAUCCCAUGUUUGGUUCCCACGGAAGACAUGGCAUGAAUAACUGGCUCAUCUAUCCACUGCAUUCCACUAUAGCAUCCGAAGACCAAGAGCAAGCUUUCCUUAUCCCUCCACCGGGAAUGCGUAAGAUUGUUUUGGCUACGAAUAUUGCGGAGACGGGUAUCACGAUUCCGGACGUCACGGCCGUCAUCGAUACAGGAAAACACAAGGAGAUGCGAUUUGAUGAAAAACGUCAGCUCUCGAGAUUGAUCGAGACUUUCGUUUCCCAGGCCAACGCAAAGCAGCGACGAGGACGAGCAGGCCGUGUUCAGCCGGGAAUAUGUUUUCAUCUUUUCACCAAGGAACGCCACGAUACGUCUAUGGCGGAGCAGCAAACCCCCGAGAUUAUGCGCCUCUCGCUACAGGACCUAGUGCUCAGAGUGAAGAUUUGUAACCUCGGAAACGUCGAAGAGGUGCUCACCUCUGCCCUCGAUUCUCCCACACCGAAAAAUAUCAGAAGAGCUGUUGACUCCUUGGUCGAUGUCAAAGCCCUUACCCAGGACGAAGAAUUAACGCCUCUUGGUCGCCAACUCGCUAAGUUGCCGCUUGAUGUCUACCUUGGCAAGCUGGUCCUUCUUGGUAGCAUCUUCGGAUGUCUCGAUGCCGCCCUCACCAUUGCUGCCCUGCUAAGCUCCAAGUCCCCUUUCGCCGCACCGUAUGGAUCCGGAGGAGAAGCGGAUCGCGCCAAGCUGUCUUUCAAACGUGGCGAUUCGGAUCUCCUGACUGGCUACAAUGCCUACUCCGCGUGGCGACGAGUUUGCACGUCAAAGCAACACAUAUCGGAGGGCGAAUUUUGCCGCAAAAAUUAUCUGUCGCAGCGUACCUUAAGUGGCAUCGAAGAUCUCAAAGGUCAACUCACUGCUGCGGUUCUGGACGCCGGUUUCAUCACUCUAGAGCCACCCCAACGCGCGGCGCUUAACCGCGCUAGGUACCAGAGCUAUCGCAGAAACUUCUUCUUCGUCGUCCCUGAUUCCUAUAACCAUGGAAGCACCAAUGACGAAAUCUGUAAUGCUGUCGUCGCCGCUGCUUUUUAUCCAAAGUUGCUUUCUAGAGACGGUAAAGGUUGGAGAAACGUCGGCAGUGGCAAGAGUGUCAAGGUGCACCAGACGAGCGUCAACAGAGACACCGACUGCGAGUGGCUGUGCUAUUACGGGAUCAUGCAGGCUGGAGGAGGAAGGAAGACCUAUGAUGCUCACGAUACAGGGGGGGUCGAAGAUCUUGGCAUCGCCGUACUUUGCGGCGAUGUUGAGUGGAAGAUGUUCCCUGGAAUCGCCGCAAUCGAUGGAAACCGAAUUCGCUUUGCCUUUCAAGGCUGGAAAAGCUUAGUGGCUGUGAAGGUCCUGAGAAGGAGAGUUGGCGACGUUCUCAAGGCUGCUUGGAAGAACCCGGAGAGGGAGUUGACUGCGAGCCAGAAGAUGUGGGUGGGGCUGUUUUGGGAAGUGAUGGAUGGUGUUGGGAAGGGCAGGAAGAAGAAGUGA